AUGGGCCAUCAUUUCUUACCAGCAGCGGCUGUCUGCCUCCUCAUCUCUGUGGCCCAUGGAAUCGAUGUCGAGGUGUCUUUUCUAUCGGAUGAAGACUUUAAAAAUGCUGAACUAUUGACAAAAGAACAAAUCUAUAAAGAAAGGACACCAAUAGAAGCCGUAAAUCGAUACAGGCCUGACAUCCGUAAUCGUGGACAGCGACACAAGCGGAAUGGAGUCUCGAGACCCACAAAAUUAUGGCCAAAUUCCCGGAUACCGUACGCUAUCUCUCCACACUACAGCACCCAUGAACGAGCAUUACUUGCUCGAGCUGUCAAAGCGUAUCAUGAAAAGACCUGUAUCCGUUUUGUACCGCGGAGUGGCACGGAACCCGAUUAUUUAUUCAUCGGAAAAGUCGACGGAUGUUUUUCGGAAGUCGGGCGAACUUCUGGAGUUCAAGUACUGUCGUUAGACAAUGGUUGUAUGGAAUACGCAACCAUUAUUCAUGAAAUGAUGCAUGUCGUCGGAUUCUAUCAUGAGCAUGAACGAUGGGAUCGUGACAAUUUUAUCGACAUUAUUUGGCAGAAUAUUGAUCGAGCUGCCCUGGACCAAUUUGGAAAAGUGGACCUCUCGAAGACAUCGUAUUACGGCCAAUCAUACGACUACAAAUCCAUUCUCCACUACGAUAGCUUGGCCUUUUCUAAGAAUGGAUUCCCGACAAUGCUGCCUAAACAUAAAGCUGCCACCAUUGGAAAUGCCAAGGAUUUCUCGGAGGUCGAUCUGGCCAAAAUUAAUAGGAUGUAUAAUUGUGCGCCGAAAAAGGAAAUGUUUGCCCCAUUUGCAUCUGCUAGGAGCUCACCAUUAUUUCAUCCAACCUAUAAAGAUUCCGAGGUUCCAGUUAGUAACUUCGAGCCGUUGAAGAAAAAUAGUGAAGUUUGUGAAGACAAGAUUACAGUUUGUUGGUGGACAGCUGAUCGGUGCAGGCUGGCUGCCAUCGACCACAUGAUGCGAGCCCUAUGCCCAAAAACUUGUAAAUUCUGUAGA